AUGGAAACUAAUACAGAAGCAUAUAUUCGAUACGAUCCUACAAAGGAAAAUGCCUGGGUUAAAGGGAUUAUUGAUUCAUUAAAAAACAAUGGCGAAGAUUAUUAUAAAGUAGAAUCUAAACAGCUUGUUACUAUGCUAAUUGUCAUUAUCGCAAAGAAAAAACAUAAACCAUUUAUUUCAGAAGUGACGAGCACAUAUGCCGGUGUUGGCUUGAUGAACAUGAUGGGAAAUAAAGGAGGCAUUUCAGUUCGAUUUAGAUUUUAUGAUAGCUAUUUAUGCUUUGUUACUAGUCAUCUGGCUGCAUUUACAGAUAGAACAGAGAAAAGAAAUCAAGAUUUUACAGAAAUUACUAAAAGACUAGUAUUUCCCUAUCAACAUGACCCUAUUACAGAGUACAUAUCAUAUUCUUGGAAUGAUGGUGGUGAUGAAGGAGUGUCGUUUUUAGAAAGUAAUAAUGUUAUACGUAAUUGGUCAACUGACGCAUCGAUAUUUCAUAAUGAUUUUUUGAUUUGGUGUGGUGAUUUGAAUUAUCGAAUUAAUUUAAACGAAGCCAUUAUCAAAAAUUAUAUUCGGCAAGAUAAACUGGAUGUGCUUUUAGAUUAUGAUCAAUUAUCUAUAGAGCGUAAAGCUGGUAGGACUUUCCCAAUGUUUGAGGAGGGUCAAAUCACGUUUCCACCGACAUAUAAAUAUGAUGCAGGCACAAAUCAAUAUGAUACUAGUGAAAAACGACGUGCACCAUCGUGGACAGAUCGAAUUUUAUGGAAGAAAGAGCGAAAAGAUAUAGACAAACAAAAUCUGAAGUUAUUAAGUUAUGCUGACUGUAUGGAAAUGAUGAUGAGUGAUCAUAAGCCUGUUAGAGCUUUAAUCGAAUUAAAUAUAAGAAAGAUUAACAGUCAACAGCAGGAAAAAACGGUAGAUAGUUUAGUUAAACAAUUGAUAGAUAGCCAAGAUGAGCAACCACGUGGAAAAAUAUCUUCAUCGUACGUUGAUUUUGGAAAUGUACAUUUUAUGGAAUAUAAGGAAAAAAAUAUUAUUUUAGAAAAUACAGGACAAGUCCUGACCGUCUUUAAAUUUCUACCAAAAGAUGAUACAGGUAUUAUUUUACCAUCAUGGCUUCAAGUAACACCCAUUUCUGGUGUAGUUGCGCCUGGUGAAAAGGUGGUCAUUCGGUUCGAAAUAACCAUUGAUCCCACUAUUUCAGCACCUUUUAAUCGUGGUGAUCAAAUAAUUGAUGAUAUCCUCAUCCUUCGACUUGAGAAUAGUAAAGAUUUCUUUAUCUCUAUUACGGGUGAAUACAUCAAGACUUGUUUUGGCACACCUCUUGAAGAAUUAUCGAAAAUGUCAAUACCUAUCAAUGAAACAACUGCAAAAAAUUUAGAAAGAGCAAAAAUCACGACAGCUAAUAAGAAUACAAAUUCUCCAGAACUUAGUUCAUUACUUAAUCAAAUUGAUUUACCACAACAAUUAUGGAAGAUUUUAAAUUUCUUAUGGAACCCAAAUAUGUUUUUUAUUAAAUCUUUAUUUCUCGAACAUGGCGAUUUAAUCGUCUCUACUUAUAUUCGAGAAUGUCUUGAUAACGGACAACAGUUUGAUACGAAUAUUCUAUUGGGUGGUGAACCUUCUGUUGAGGACAAUCUUUCUCAACUUAAUAGUACCCUUUCUGAGUUGACAAUGAAUGAUGAUGAUAGUAAGCGUGCAAAGGAAGCGAUUAGUGCUAACUCUAUGGUCGAUGUUCUGGUUGCAUUUCUUGAAUGCCUUCCUGAAUCUGUUGUUCCUACCUAUUUAUAUGAGCGUGCCUUAGAUGCUUCUGAAUCAGUAGAGGCCAUAAAUAAUUUCAAGAAUACACUACCGUUAUAUCAUUUUAAUGUGUUUUUGUAUAUUGGUAUGUUCUUGAAACAGGCUAUUGACAAUGCUCCAGACUCGGUUAAAAAAGAAAGGGAAAGUAGAAUAGUGGAGUUAUUUACUGUGCUGUUGAGACCUCCUGUAGAUUUUAAGGAGCGUAAUCCUAUUGUAGCUAAGGAAAAGCGUGAAAAGUUCUUAUUACAGCUUUUAAAAUCAUUAAAUCCUUUAAGAAAAUAA